UGCCUGCACACCAAUGGCUGAAUAUUCGUAAAAUUCUGUAACACUAACAGUCGCCACUUUAAUCCAAUGACAUUUGGUUAUCUUGUAUACAUAAUAGUGACAAAUAAUAUUCACAGCUGAAGUGGAAAAAUGGGGACAUUGAACGAUACAGGUCUACACAUUUUUGGAUAUUUUUUAGUGUCUUCUUCUGUGAAAUAUAUAAUUUUACGAUGGUUGAGUAAAAGAAAACGGGACUAUGAACUUGUCGGUAGAGUUCAAAAAAUAUACAGCUACCCCAUUAAAUCAUGCAUGGCCAUGCCGUUGAAAUCUGCCGACUGUACCAAACAUGGUUUAAAAGAUGAAGGCGUUACCGACAGGCACUGGAUAUGUUUACAUAAUGGUGAAAUUCUGACGUUAAAGGCGGAACCAAGGCUGUGUUUAAUGAACAUCACCAUCGACAAAGACGAUAUUAUUAUUAGCGUUCCUAACAGAGAAAACUUGAGGCUUCCAAAACUAUUACCACCUACAAAAGAAAACAUAAUACAAGCCAAUAUCUAUGGUGAAUUGAGAGAUGUUGUUGACUGUGGUGAAUCAGCAUCCAAAUGGAUAUCAGAAUUUCUAGAUAGAUCAGAUAUACGAAUAGGUUUCUCACCGCCAGAUUUACCAAAACGAGAUAUGUCCCAGAUAUCACGAUCCUGGCCAUAUAAUGGAGAAGAAGGCGAUGCUGCCGUGUUUACCUAUUCUACGCCUUACUUACUAGUAUCGUCAUCCUCGCUACACGAAGUAAACAACGGAUUAGAUAAACCAGUACCAAUCCUCCGAUUUAGACCUAACAUUGUUAUUGACGGAACCAUUCCUUUUGACGAGGAUGAAUGGCAAUAUGUUAAGAUUGGAAAUGACAUUCAGUUCCGAAUUGUAGAACCUUGUCGCCGGUGUAUUAUAACUACAAUUGAUCCAGCAACUGGCAUCAAAGAGAAAGGUUUCCAACCUCUUAAACAUCUUAGAAGUUUUCGCUGUAUUGCACCCUAUGGAACAUCACCGUUGUUUGGAGUUUACGUGGCGCUAGAGAAACCGGGAUUGAUACAAAUAGGUCAACCAGUUUGUGCAUUACGAAAAUAAUAAAAUAGACACGAUCACCAACCAGAACAAAUGAACAAAAUGUAUACUGUUGAUUUCAAGGAGCUAAAUCGCUAUUCUUUGGCACCUAGAUAUUGACACAAAUUUAAUGUAAUAUGUAUGUAUAUAAACUGAUUUACAUUCAA